AUGUCAGGUGAUUCAGCUGCGGGGAAACCAGUCAUCGAGGAGGAUGUAACUCCGUCAACAUCGGCACCUGCCUCGGCUCAAAAUCCAAUCACAACUUCCCCUCCCAAACCUUCAGCUGGUCCAUCAUCCCCCUCCAAAUCAAUCGAAUCACCUCAUCCAUCACAGCCCACUCCUUCUCAUUCUCGUUCCGGCAUAAUCGAUCUUACUUCACCCCAAUCCUCUCCAUCAAGGAGACAAUCCACCACACCAUCACUCACUUCUUCCCGUCCAGCUCCAGCCUCCCCGGCAUCUUCCAGACCACCUUCAACACAAUUCGACUCUACUCUCAGGGAUCGUUCCGGUUCUCUCUCAGCCUCAUCUAACAGGAGAGUAUCUUCUUCAUCAGCUUCGUCAUCUACGGCUAAAGGACCGAAUUCCAAAUCGAGAUCGAGGGCAUCAUCAAAAGUCAGGCCUAAAUCUAUGCUCGGAACGAAUAUAACAUUACCUGAAUCGUCAACUUCCACCGCACCUUCCGAAGAUCCAAAGAAUUCAAGUACAUUACCAAUACCUGAACAUAACGAACAAGGUCCAUCUGCUUCAACAUCGGUAUCCGCAUCGCAAAUGAUGGAAUCAUCAUGGGGUGAUGAUACUCCUACUGAAUCAUUUCAAGUCAUCUUACCUUCAGUUAUCAUUCGUGAUUUCGCAUACCCAUCUACAGACGAGAGGUUUCAUGGUAGAGGUGUGAUAGAGGAUGAAGGAAAUGCAAGUGAAUCAAAUUCAAAUGUGUUCAAAUGGCCUUGGAAAGGUGAUCCCGCGGAAAGUUCGUCAGGUGGAGCGGGAGGGGGUUGGGGUGGAUUUGGUUUUCUGGGAGGAUGGAGAAACAGAUCUACUCAAGAUAAAGAUGAUAGACCGACAUUCGAAGAUGACGACGACGAAGAUGAUAUUUCAGAUGAUGAUGAAAGGGAUGAUCAAUAUUAUUCGUCACCUGCUCAAUCCGAUUCCGGAUUUAGUCCCUCGGCCUCGACAUCUUCGUACUCUUACAAUAUUCUCGAACCACUUUCUCCCUCCAUAGAGCCCAAAGGAUAUUUUCGCGCGGCCUAUCCGUUCCAGGCAUUAAGCUCGGGCGAAAUGAAUCUCCAAGAAGGUGAUUUGGUGAAUCUCGUAGGAAGAGGGAAUGGUGAUCCAGGUUGGGUCAUUGCUAGAUGGGUGAAUAUCCAAAAUGGCAAAAUUAUAGGUAUAGAUGAGAAAGUGGGAUUGGUACCGGAAAGUUAUUUAGAGAGAGUUGAAGUGGUUGAGGAUUAG